AAUUAAAAAUUAAUAAAUAAAAGGGCUCAGAAUUCGCUUCACUGUAGCUGCCCCUGUCUAUAAAAUGUUCGAGCAGCACCCUCAGUUACAUUUCAAACCCUAAAGCACCACCUUCCUUCACUGCGACUGCGGGUGUUCCUCCGCCACCAUGGGUGCUUAUAAGUAUGUUUCGGAGCUCUGGCGCAAGAAGCAAUCGGAUGUAAUGAGAUUCUUGCAGAGGGUAAGGUGCUGGGAGUAUCGUCAGCAGCCUUCCAUUGUCCGUGUCACUAGGCCAACCCGCCCCGACAAGGCUCGUCGCUUGGGUUACAAGGCCAAACAGGGAUAUGUGGUCUACCGUGUUCGUGUGCGAAGGGGUGGCCGCAAGAGACCUGUUCCCAAGGGUAUUGUUUAUGGCAAGCCCACGAACCAGGGUGUUACUCAACUGAAAUUUCAGCGAAGCAAGAGGUCUGUUGCUGAGGAGAGGGCUGGACGGAAGCUAGGUGGCCUCAGGGUCCUCAAUUCUUACUGGGUGAAUGAGGACUCGACAUACAAAUACUUUGAGAUCAUUAUGGUGGAUGUUGCGCACACAGCUAUUAGAAAUGAUCCAAGGAUCAAUUGGCUCUGCAAUCCAGUCCAUAAACACAGGGAACUUCGCGGCCUCACCUCUGCUGGGAAGUCUAACAGGGGUUUACGUGGCAAGGGACAUCUUUACCACAAAAAUCGUCCUUCCCGCAGGGCAACCUGGAAGAGAAACAAUACCCUUUCCCUCCGCCGUUACCGUUGAUUUCACUUGUUAUUUUAUGGUGCUUCAUUACUUUUUGGAAUGCAUUAUAUGUUGAUGGUGUUUUUAUGACUUGGAUAUUGAUGAGUUUUGAACCAGUAGGUCAUCUUUCUCCGGAACCUCAUUAGUAGUAAAGUAGUGGAGACCAAUAUUGUAAGGUUUGUUAUAUGCCAGAAAUUUUUUCUUGUGUUGCUUUCGUAA